UGGUGCUACCAUCAAUAUUUCAGUCAAUAUUUUGAUAUGAUAUGAAUAAAAGAUUAUUUCUUGUGUAUGCAGUCAAAUUUUAAAGGAAACUUGAACAUUUGAGUGCAGACAACGUUAUGUAGAAGUUUGGAAGAGAAGAAAGAACUUUUGUUAAAAUCUAGAAAAGAAAUAUUUUGAUUUGAAGAAAUACGGAUUUUUUUAGUUAUUAACAAUGGCAACAUACAAAAUUUUGGACAGAAAUACCUCUACCUGGGCAACCACGAGUAUUGUCACUUCAAGAAAGAAAUAUGAGCAAAUGGAAAAAUUGGAAAGAGCAAGCGUGAUUUGCCAAAAUACAAUAGACAGUUAUAAUGCCUCCUCUAACAAUUUGUAUUGUGAGCCUAUUUGGGAUCAGAUUAUGUGCUGGGAAGCCACAAGGGCAGGGACUGUGGCGAGGAAGAAUUGCCCAGCCUAUAUAGAAGGUCUAAAUACAGACGGUUUUGCCAGACGACAUUGUACAGAAAAUGGCACUUGGUAUAUCCCUCCGGGACGAAAUAUCAGCUGGACAGAUUUCGGGGACUGUGUUAGCAAUAGCCAGCAGAUUUAUUCUAGUGAUCUACUCAAUCACUUAGCUCGCAUCAGACUAAUGUACAAUAUAGGAUACGGAGUUUCUCUUUGUUCAUUAGUCGUGGCCGUGUUUAUAAUGUUGUGCUGCAGGAAACUAUCGUCCAAGAGCAACACCCUGCACAUCAAUCUUUUUAUCGCCUUUAUUCUGAGGGCGUUCAUGUCUUUUCUGAAGGAGAGUUUGUUUGUGGAGGGGGUAGGACUCGAGCAAGACGUGGAGGAAGUUAACGGCGUCUUCCGGUUCCGGGAAGGUGGUACUCACUGGGAAUGUAAACUUCUCUUCACUCUGUUUGUGUACACUAUAUCCGCCUGCGCCAUGUGGAUUUUUAUGGAAGCGUUGUAUUUGUACAUGAUGGUUUAUAAAACCAUGUUUACAGAAAAACAUGGAGUUCAUCUAUACGUCAUAUUUGGUUGGCUGGGUCCCCUCACCUUCAUUAUACCCUGGGUGAUUGUUAGAGCUGUCCUAGAAGAUUCGUUGUGCUGGAAUACGAAUCCUUCCCCGGAGUACCUGUGGAUUCUGAGGGGGCCCCUCUUAGGUAUCUACAUAAUAAACUUCAUAUUUUUCGUUGACAUUGUGAGAGUGCUUUUCAUUCGUGUUCAGAAAAAUAAACGAGUGUCAGGUGCGAGGAAAGUCAGGAAGAUGGCCAAGUUUAUAGUGGUUUUGAUUCCGCUGUUUGGAGUUUGUUACAUCGUUUUCUCGUUCCUGACUGGUAAUGAUAUCGAUGUACAGAGAGAUAUCCCAUAUCUAUAUAUAGAAAUGUUUUAUAAUUCAUUUCAAGGCUUUAUAUUAGCCAUCUUAUUCUGUUUUCUAAAUGAAGAGGUGUUGCAAGAAAUCCGGAAGGCGUGGUACAAAUACGCACUUCGGCGGAAGGAAAGUUAUGCGUAUUCACGCUCCGCGUUCCUGACCACGUGGAGAAAGAGUUCCCGCAAUUCUCACACCGUGUCCUCAUUUAUUGACAGAGAUAGAUCAACAGAGUGCUCUAACGUGAGUCGACUCCUACCCAAAGGCAAAAACAACAAUGACUGCACAGACUCGAGUCCAUGUGACUCCGAUGGUGUUCGAUGGUCUUCGAUGAAUGGCGAUAGUCUCCGAAGAGAGACAUGUGAGGAGACUAACUGUCGGUUUUUAUCUGUUCCUAUCGAUAGAGAAAAGACAGACGUCUGAGAUUUGAAGAUCUUCUACAUAUAGUUGAUCUCAAUCAUGGAGUUUGCUCACUAUAUGUAAUUUUUUUUUCUGUUGAGUCUCAUGUAUUAUGUAAUUAUCAUAUAUUAGAAGACGUGUUUAAUAAUACGGAAGCGUAGUAGGGUUUCAGCAGUAUUAAUUUGUUGUAACAAAUUAUCAUUUUGUUUUAAGAAGUAGAUUUAUAAAUUUUUUAUAACAAAUUAAAUAAUUUAUUAGAAUUUAUUAAAUGAAAU